AUGCUGCUCUCUGAUUGGUUCUCCUGGUCCAGGUGAAGGACGUGCAGCUGCUGGCGGAGCUGGGUCCGGGUCGGGGUCAGAUCAGCGUCGUGCAGCAGCUCCUGGAUCAGGGGGCGGACCCUUCCUGCUGCGCUGCCGACGGCCGACACGCUCUGGCGGUUGCCGUGGUGAACGGCCACCAUGAUGUACUUCCUGUCUUAGUGCAGCGAGGCGCCGACGUCAACCAGCAGUCCGGACCGAUGAAGAACACAGCUCUGCAUGAUGCUGCAGCUCUGGGAUCUGACGGUCUGCAGUGUGCUCGGGUCCUGCUCAGCUGUCAGGCCGGCGUGCGGCGGAGGAACGCCGGCGAGCAGACGGCGUACGACGUGGCGGUGAACGCCGGCUGCAACGACAUGGUGUCUCUGCUGGCUGCCCGGACCGGACUGGACCUGCUGGGGAGACUGGGACCGCUGGGGAGACUGGGACCGCUGGGGAGACUGGGACCGCUGGAGAGACUGGGACCGCUGGGGAGACUGGGAAAUCUGAACCUGGAUGCUAUCUGACUGACGGAACAAAACCAUUAGACGUCCAGAUGUUAUAAAGGUCUCGGACGUCCACAUGUUGUUAUAAAGGUCUCAUACAUCCAGAUGUUAUAAAGGUCUCGGACGUCCAGAUGUUGUUAUAAAGGUCUCAGACGUCCAGAUGUUAUAAAGGUCUCGGACGUCCAGAUGUUGUUAUAAAGGUCUGAGACAUCCAGAUGUUAUAAAGGUCUCAGACAUCCAGAUGUUAUAAAGGUCUUGGACGUCCAGAUGUUGUUAUAAAGGUCUCAGACGUCCAGAUGUUGUUAAAAGGGCUGAGGCAUCCACAUGUUAUAAAGGUCUGAGACAUCCACAUGUUGUUAUAAAGGUCUCAGACAUCCAGAUGUUAUAAAGGUCUCGGACGUCCAGAUGUUGUUAUAAAGGUCUGAGGCAUCCAGAUGUUAUAAAGGUCU